AUGAGCUGACCAAUAAACACAUUUUAUGGGUUCGGCCGACGAAGACACGCAAUCAGACAACAGGCUCCGUUACGCUAAACAUUUGCAUGCGGGAGUGAAUAAAUACCCCUGUGCAGUUAGUGUCAUUUAUUAUUAGUCUUGACUUCAUACGAGCACUAUCAUGCCUGAACCAGCCAAACCCGCGCCCAAGAAGGGCUCUAAGAAGGCCGUCACCAAGACCGCCGUCAAGGGAGGAAAGAAGCGCAGAAAGUCCAGGAAGGAGAGUUACGCCAUCUACGUGUACAAAGUGCUCAAGCAGGUCCACCCCGACACCGGCAUCUCUUCCAAGGCGAUGGGCAUCAUGAACUCUUUCGUCAACGACAUCUUCGAGCGCAUCGCCGGUGAGUCGUCUCGUCUCGCGCACUACAACAAGCGCUCCACCAUCACGUCGAGAGAGAUCCAGACCGCCGUGCGUCUGCUGCUGCCCGGUGAACUCGCCAAACACGCCGUGUCCGAGGGCACCAAAGCCGUCACCAAGUACACCAGCUCCAAGUAAAGCGCCGCUUUCAUCCGCCGCACACAAAGGCUCUUUUAAGAGCCACACACUUAUUCCUUUAAAGAGAUUCUCAUGUUUGUAAGCAUUUACUGUGUAUGUGUAUUAUCAUUUAGAUUAUGACGCGACAUACGGCGUUUGAAAAUUUGACCAACUGUUUUAUCAUAAAGAACAUGCUUUAAAGUAAAUGUAAAGGUCUGACUUUGGUUAUUGUUGCGCGAUUAUCGCAGAAUGUGGCGGUAUUGUACCGGAUAUAAACUAUCAGAGUUCGGUCUUCAGCUGCUUUAAGGCUGAAAUACACUACAAGACUUUUGCUCAGUUUUCAGUCUGGACUUGUUACAGAAAGUCUGUGUCAGUCUGUAGAUUUGAUCAGUUUGUGUGUUUUUAUCUGAAACUUUAAUAAAGUCUGAAAGUGUUUGAUGUCUA